AUGCGUCGAUUCUACCAAGACAAUCGCCGUGUCCCAGUCGGGAUUAUGCUGCUGACCGUCUGUUUGUUCCUCUAUCACUUUGCCCUCGAUCGCCCACCAUGGGUCUCCUCCAGUGCCUCCAGCACGCAGACACCGUAUAAAGCAGGGGAAGCCACGGUGGUGAAACCUGCUCCUUCUGCGCCAGCUCCAGCCACUUCCUCUACCACGUCCACCACAACUACUACUACUACUACCUCCUCUUCAUCUUCCUCCUCCUCCCUCACCGUCAACGACAUCGUGCUCAUGUUCAAAACCGGCGCCUCCGUUCUCUGGAAGCGCGUCCCCAUCCACCUCACCACCACUCUCUCCCCCACGCGCAUCCCCCCCGCCAACGUGCUUCUCUACUCUGACAGCCCCGAAACCAUCGCCUCGUGGACCUUCAUCGACAUCCUCGCCAACACCACCCUCAACGACCCCGACAUUGCGCUCCCCUACCACCAACAAGCCGACCACGACUUCCGCCAGAACUACGCCGAGAUCAACAACGUCUACCCGGGCGACGGCUCCGGCCCCGCCGGCGGCUGGAAACUCGACAAGUACAAGUUCCUGCCGCUGGUGCAGCACGCCGGCCGCGCCCGCCCAGACGCCAAAUGGUACAUCUUCAUGGAAGACGACGCCUACCUCUUCCUGCCCAACCUGAUCGCUCAUCUGGAUCGCUUCGACCCCCAGAAACCCUGGUACCUGGGCAGUGUCGCCUGGAUCCACGGCGAUUAUUUCGCCCACGGUGGGUCCGGGUUUGCCAUCUCGCGCAAGGCCUGGGAGAUGGCCUUCGGCGGCAAGGGCGAUGUCGAGCAGAAGUACGGCGACUUUACGGCGCAGCAUGGGUGCGGGGACCAUAUCCUCGGCCAUGUGUUAAAGGAGAGCGGCGUGGGGUUUGGCGAGCAUCCCGAUGCCGAGAGUCGGUUCAGCUACGGGUUCAAUCCUGAGGCGCACUGGACCAGCUGGUAUGAACAGGAAAAUUGGUGCAAGCCCGUCUUCAGCUGGCAUCAUACCCAUAACAGGGAUGUGGCCAGGUUGUAUGAUCUGGAGACGCGGUGGGGCGAUGUCGGGGCCAAGGUGCCCAUUCGGUAUAAGGACGUGUAUGAGGCCAUGGUUCUGCCGUACUUGCGCGAGCGGGUGGACUGGUGGGAGAACGGCGCGGCCAAGUAUGACAUCCGCUCCAGUAAUGUGAAUGGGGUGACGGUGCCAGACACAGUCACCAAGCCGCAGGCCUGGAAGGAGGCCUGGAUGUCGGUGGACAAGUGCGAGGCUGCCUGCGUCGCCUGGGGGGAGUGUGUGCAGUGGAGCUUCUACGAGGAUCGGUGCAUGCUCGAUAGUAUGGUCCGACUGGGGAGUGGAAUCCCCGAGGGCGACGCCAGACGGCAGAGCUCGCUACCGUGGACCAGUGGAUGGUUGACCAGACGCGUCGAGCAUUGGAACUCGGCGUGUAGUCAGUAGGCAGAAGCGCACUAGAGCUGUAGAUGCCUGCAGCAGAUUACCCGAUUGGGACAUGUAUAUACCCGCAGAAUGAAUCCUUUUGAC